UUAACGCGGCGGGCGGACGGAGCGGCGGCCCGGGCGCCGCAAAGAAGCGGGCAGCGAGCCCCCGACGGCCCCCGACGGCCCCCGACGGCCGCUUCUGCCAUGGCCGGCCCCGCGCCCCCGCUGCCGUCCGAGCGCAUCAGGAACGCCGCCGACAUCUCCGUCAUCGCCGUCUACUUCGCGGUGCUCCUCGCCGUGGGGCUGUGGGCCAUGUUGAAGACCAAUCGCGGGACAGUGGGAGGCUUCUUCCUGGCUGGCAGGGACAUGGUGUGGUGGCCGAUUGGCGCCUCUCUCUUUGCCAGUAACAUCGGCAGUGGCAGUUUCGUGGGCCUGGCAGGGACCGGCGCAGCCUCAGGGAUUGCCGUGACCGUGCUCGAGACAAACGGUUUGCCAUUGCUGCUGGUCCUAGGUUGGAUCUUUGUCCCCAUUUACAUCAAAGCAGGGGUGGUGACCAUGCCUCAGGAGUACCUGAAGAAGAGGUUUGGAGGGAAGAGGAUUCAGAUCUACUUCUCUGUCCUUUCCCUGUUCUCAUCCGUGGCCAUGAGGAUCUCGGCAGACAUGUUCUCGGGAGCCAUCUUCAUCAAUGUGGCCCUUGGCUUGGAUCUUUACGUAGCCAUCUUCAUCCUGUUGGUCAUCACGGGGAUCUUCACCGUCGCUGGUGGCUUAGCCUCUGUGAUCUACACGGAUACCCUGCAGACGGUCAUCAUGCUGGUCGGCUCUUUCAUCCUCACUGGCUAUGCUUUUGCAGAAGUGGGAGGGUUUGAGGCCUUGACUGAGAAAUACAUGAAAGCCAUCCCAUCUGUCAUCAUGGACAAAAAUGUAACUCUGAACCCAGAAUGUUACACGCCCAAAGCAGACGCCUUCCACCUCUUCCAGGAUCCCAUCACUGGUGAGCUGCCAUGGCCAGGGAUCGUUAUUGGAAUGAACCUCGUCUCUGUUUGGUACUGGUGCACGGACCAGGUGAUUGUUCAGCGGUGUCUCUCCGGGAAGAACCUGUCCCACGUGAAGGCGGGCUGCAUCUUGUGCGGCUACUUGAAGCUGCUGCCCCUCUUCCUCAUGGUGAUGCCUGGGAUGAUCAGCCGGAUUCUGUAUCCAGAUGAAAUUGCUUGUGCCGUGCCUUCAGAGUGCGAGAAAUACUGUGGCACCAGCAUUGGCUGCACCAACAUGGCCUACCCGAAGCUGGUGGUGGAGCUCAUGCCCCAGGGACUUCGGGGAUUGAUGUUGUCAGCCAUGUUGGCGUCACUCAUGAGCUCCCUCACCUCCAUCUUCAAUAGUUCAAGCACACUAUUCACCAUUGACAUUUAUACCAAAAUUCGAAAGCAAGCAUCGGAGAGAGAGCUCCUGUUAGUGGGAAGGUUGUUCAUCGUCGUCUUGAUUGCCCUCAGCAUUGCUUGGAUCCCAUUAGUCCAGGUGGGUCAAAAUGGUGAACUCGUCCAGUAUGUGGAAUCGAUAUCGAGCUACCUCGGGUCUCCCAUUGCGGCUGUGUUCCUGCUGGCCAUCUUUUGCAAGAGAGUUAAUGAGCAGGGAGCUUUCUGGGGACUGAUGUUUGGACUUGUGGUCGGCCUAACUCGUAUGAUUGCUGAGUUUGUCUACGGGACAGGCACUUGUAUGGUCCCCACCCAGUGUCCCAAGAUCAUCUGUGGAUGGCAUUUCUCCUAUUUUGCCAUUGUCCUCUUCAUGUUGACAGUCUUGGUUGUACUUGGUAUCUCUCUAAUGACAAAACCUAUUCCUGAUAUACAUCUGCACCGCCUCUGCUGGGCUCUCCGCAAUAGCCAGGAAGAGCGCAUUGACCUGAAUCCUGAGCAGUAUGGACAAGAGGAAGCUGGAGACCAGGAGAAAAACGAUGGCCCCGAGGAAUCUCCAGGAUGCAUCAAGAGAAGCUGGAAUGCAUUUUGUGGGCUGGAGUCAAAAAAAGGCCCCAAGCUGACCGAGGAGGAAGAGGCCGCCCUGCAGAAGCAGCUGACGGACACGUCCGAAAAACCCUUUUGGAGGAACGUGGUGAACAUCAAUGCCAUCUUGGUCAUGACCGUGGGCGUCUUCUACCAUGCUUAUUUUGCCUGAGUUCUGGCUGGAGUUUCAGAGCAGGUCAACCAAGCCUGGAACACCAACCUUCCUCUUCCCUCUUAGCCCUUCACUGGCCUGGAAGGGCAGCAAAUGGGAAUUGGAAACAGCAAAUUGGAAACGAUGAGGGGGAAGAAAAAAGAAUAAAAAGAAGAGAGGGAGAAUGAGGAAGAGAGACGUGUAGAAUCACAGGCCAAGAAAGGAAGGCUCUCAGAGACAUCUGAUCCAGCUCAUCUCUGAUCAAGGAUCCUUUCUACACCCCCAGUGAGUGUCCAUCCAGCCUUUACUUCAUGACAUAAGUGAUGGAAAAUGCACUACUGACCAAAGCAGCCUUUCAGAAAACUAACAGGAGCAACAUUUGGGCCUCCUUUCAAUUCCAAAUCUGCUUCUUGGUCACUUCCAGCUACUACACCUAGUUUUCUUCUCUGAGGCUCAGGAAGAAUAACGUCUCACUACCUAUAAGAAUCAUCCAAUUAUGAGAUUCUAUGAAAAAAAAUCAGCCCUCAUAUAAAAAUUAGGGAGCCCUCACCUCACGUUUUACUUUAUUUUUUUAACUUUCUUUUUUAUUAAAGCUUUUUAUU